ACCUAUGAUCCGCAUCCACACCGUGCCACACAAGCCUUGGAACAUGAGAGGGGCGCGAUAUCCCAAUCCUGACGAGGAAAGGGAGGUGGUGGAUUAUCUCGACGGCAAGAUACGUACUCACGUCGCCGACUAUUCAAGUGGACCGUAUGCGUCCCCGUGGUUCUGCUUUAUUAAGCUUAACGGGACGCUGCGGUGGGUGCAGGAUUUACAAAGAUUGAAUGCAGUGACCGUGCGAGAUGCUGGAGGACUGCYGAAUGCAGACGCGCUGUCGGAAUUCUGUGCUGGAAGGCCUAUAAUUUCGCUUAUAGACCUUUACUCAGGAUACGAUCAGUUCCCAGUCUACCCGCCGGAUAGGCCGGUGACAGGUAUGCACACGCCGCGAGGAUUAGUCCACAUGAACGUGGCCCCACAAGGGUGGACCAACGUAGUAGCAAUGGUCCAACGGGCCAUGAUUCGGGCCAUGCAGUCAGUCAGCCCCCAUAUCACACAGCCAUACAUUGACGAUUUGGCAGUGAGGGGGCCGGCGAUGAAAGAGAGCGACGAAGUCUCACCAGGGGUAAGACGCUUUGUCUGGAAACACAUCCAGGACCUCGAAAAGGUCCAGAGCCUACUCGAAGAGCAUAACCUCACGGCAAGUGGGGCCAAAUCCAGACACUGCAUGAGGGAAGCGACUAUCUUAGGGAUCGUCUGCAAUGAGAAGGGCCGAAGGCCAGAUGUGAAGAAGACGGACAAGAUUACUGAGUGGCCAGUUCCGUUCUACUCAAUAACUGAUGUCAGGAGCUUCCUUGGUACGUGUGGAUUUUGGAGGGCCUUCGUCAAAAACUUUGCCGCUAAGACUGAACACCUGAGGAAGUUAGUCUGUCAGGAUCAGGAAUGGGUAUGGGGUGAGGAACAAGAAGAGGUGGUGGCAAAAAUGAAAGAGGAAUUCCGAGAAGGAGGGUUGGUGUUAGGAGCGCCAGAUUAUGACGCCAUAGAGACGCAACCCUUCAUUGUCGAAACGGAUGCGGGACCGACUGCCUUAGGGGGAGUUCUAAUACAGGCAGACAUGGAAGGAAAGGAAAAGCCCUUGCGAUUUGAGAGCCGGACUCUCAGUACGACAGAGAGGAACUGCUCUCAGUUCAAGAGGGAGACCCUUGCUGUCCUCCACAGUCUGCGAAUCUUCCGGAACUAUGUCUUCGGCAGGAGAUUUAUUUUGAGAGUGGAUCCAACCGCCCUGGUGUACUCUCUAAGGAAUUACGUUCCAUCGGAUCCGACGAUUGCCAGAUGGCUGACGUACAUCUGGAUGUUCAAUUUCGAAUUAGAAUGGAUUCCUGGUAGUAAGAACCGGGCAGACGGGCUGAGUCAGAUCAACUGGGAUAAGCAGAAAGGGGAGGUGGUGGAGAAUACGCCCCCAGUUGAUGGAUUUGGAUCAGGAAGAAGAUGAGGACAUCGAGGGGUACAAGCCACGUAUGCCAAGAUAAGUGAGUUGUACUACUGGGAUGGGAUGAUGGAUAUGGUCGGAAAGUUCUGCCGAUCUUGCGUACCUUGCCAGGAAAGAUCCUGUUUAAGGCAAGGAGAGCCGCUGCAUCCCAGGCUAGAGCGAGAGGUGGGGGCUGUAGUGCAUCUCGAUCUACUUUUUAUGCCACUUGGAGAUCAAGGCUAUAACUAUAUCUUUGAUGUGCGCGAUAACCUGUCUGGGUUCAUAGACGGACGUGCUAUUCGCACAAAGACCGGGUCAGUCCUGGUGAGCUGCAUCGAGGAGUACUACCUGCGUUAUCCUUUCGUCAUGAAAUUCGUAAUGGACAGGGGAUCAGAGUUUACCUGCCAGGAGGUGCAAGAACUGUUAUCAAGGUCUGACUUUACGAAGACAGCCAUGCCAAGAGGAGGGAAGGGGACACGGCCGCCUCAAAGGCCGUUGGGCGCAUCAGGAGGAUAUGAGGGGCAUGAGCCUCGCCAUCGAGAGAGUACUCCAGUCUACAAUGAUGGGGACAUCGAGCUAUUCCUGGACAGUUUCUGGAAGCAUGCGAGGCGUAGGUUCGAAGAGCCCAUUGUUAGGAUUUGUAGGGAGGCGACGACGAGGCAGGAGGUGGAGAUGAGGAUGGAGGAGUUGCGACCCUCGCCUGUGGGACCUGAUGGCAGGCCGAUCCGCCUGGAGAUUGGAAAUGCGUCGGACUUCAUCCCAGCGUUUGAGUGGUUCAUGCAAGAGCAGGGCAUACCGAGAGAUGAUUGGAUGCAGACGCUACCACUCUGGGUCAGGAAGGCGGAAAGGCCACUGGCUAUGCAGAUCAGGGACAUGGCACGAGAUUGGGAGAGCUGCAGGGCACAUUUGAGAGAGGCCUUUCGACGGCCAGAGCUCCCUCAGCCCAAAGUCGAGAGGCGGCAGAGGAGUCAGAGGCUGAGGGACCCUGAGCCCAGGGAGGCAAGACCAUCUCGAGGAGUACAGAAGGCCCUAGCCAGGAAAGAGCAGGAGCCAGAGGAUGAGGAGCGAGGGGCAUACCCUGAGUGUGGGUUGGGGCCAGUGGAGUUCCAUCGUUUUACUGAGGGUGGAUUGAGGAGGUCGCCAGCACACACACAGGGGGAGCCACCAGCGUCAGAGGGGCCCUUGAGGGAAUUGGAGAUGCAUUUAGUUAUUUCUCGGUGGAGGGCGUCGCUUCAGGGUGAGGAGCAUGGAGAGCAGGCAGAGGAGGUGUCACGAGAGGAGGUGCCACGAGAGGAGGAAGAGGUCCAGGGUACUCAGCGAGAGAGAGGGAUGGGCGAUGAGGGGAGACGUGCAGGGAAGGAAGUGAUAGAGGUUGGAGAGGACACACCCCCACAGACGCCAGCAGUGGGUUUGAGACUCGGGGAUGCACCAGGGAGCACCUGGCAGGCAAAGGAGGGGUUGCAGAGAAAGGAGACCCCUUUACCUUCGUCAGAAAAGGCUCCUUCGCCAGAAGGGGGGGCAGAAAGGAGGAGAGAGAGGGCAGUUGUAAGGAGAGAAACUUUGAUCCUGAUUGAUAGGCACCUAGCAGCUCAUGCCCUGGAGCACCCAGACUUGGAGGAGCCAGCACCUGCAGAGCCACGCCAGGAGUCAUGCCAGCCCGAGAAGGAGAUGGAAGCAGAGAUCCCAAAGAGGGUCGACCUCCGCACGAGGGAAAGGGUGCCAGCUGGAGAGACGGCUGAAGAAAAGAGGGCGAGACGAACCAGGCGGAUAGAUGGGAUAUGGCAGAAGAGGCAGAGGUUGAAGGCAGCGGGGGAGCUCCCGGAGCAGCAGCAGGAGAGGCAGAGAUCGGAGGCAGCAGGAGCACUCCCGGGUCAGCCACCAAGCGCACCAGCUAGGGCCCCAGAGAUCCCUGAGAUAUGGAGGGACUUCUGGGAGCAGAGAGGAGAGGAGCUUCCAUCGCCAGUCAGAGCCGGGUUUGGGGUGGUCAGGAAGGCGGAAGAAAGGUUAGAUCAUAAAAUCAAGUUCUUGGCCAAGACCACUUUUGACCGGCACUUGUUAUUGGAGGGCGAUCUGGCGGGGAAGAAAAUGAAGGAAGUCAGCCAUGGAGUAUGUCUGGAGGCUAUGGAGAUGGAAAUUCAGGAACUUAGGGCUUUGGUGGCCAGCCAGACAGCUAUCAUUGAGAGCCUGAGGCAGCAAACCCAGGGAAAGGUGGACAGACCAGAGAGCAGCCGGCAGGGAGAGCAGAGGCAGCCAGGACAGGGAUUGCCAGAACAGCCAUCUGCGACAGAGCCUCGCCAGGAGCCACCUAUGGGGAGGAUUAUCCUGGAGUCAGAGGAGGCGAGAGCACAGAGACAGACGGAGAGAGAGGCGUUCGAGUUCAGAGUCCCUACCGAGCUCGCGACACUGCCAGUAGCAGCGGCGGGCCCAGUCGUACCUUUGGCAGUAGAGGAGGAGCUGCCACCAUCUAGCAGUGAGCCGGCUCAGGGCUCAGUAGAGGAAUCCAUGGGCGUGCUCCUUGAGGCGGUGCAUACUAUGCAGGAGGAGGUGAGUUUGUUUUCACCUGAGCAGAGGAGCCUCUUGAGAGAGAGAUGGGGAUUGAGGAGGAGGGUGCCAUCGAGGGCAGACUCCAGAGGAUAGGCACACCUGAGUAUGGACCAGAGGAGAUAGAGGAGAAGCCCACGACAGUGCCAGGGGCGACACUC